GCUGUUGAAAGCUUGUUAAUAAUAUUUGAAACUGUUUUGCUCUCAAACCGCGGCACCCAUUUUCUCUUAUUAUUUAUUUAUUAUUCGUGGCUAUCGCUGUCGUAAAAUAUCCUUAUUCCAUUUCUCAAGUGUUUCAAAAUAACAAGUCAGACCUUCGGAAUAAAUCAGCUCCAUAAGACCCAACAUUCAAGCAUGUCCUACCACUUGGUUGAACCUCUUCCUUCCAUCUCCCACACCACGCGUCCCGUCACGCACACUGCUCGUGGUGGCGCUGGCAAUGUCAUCUCUCUGAAAAAGACCACAGUCUCAUCAAGCCAAUCAACCACGAGCACAGGCCCAGCCGCUGCUCUGAAUAACCGACCGCAAGUGCGUUUCACCGGCCGUACAGGCGCUGGCAAUGUACACAGCUAUAGUGAACGGGCCAUCUUCAGUUUCGACGAAGAGCUGGAGCGCCAAUUGCGACGCGAGAAAGAAGUGGCCCCAGUUUUCCACGUCGGAAGGGGAGGUGCAGGAAACACGAUAAUACCGGAGGGUUUUGACCUGUCGCGCAAAUGCAGCAGAGGGAGCGUGAAGACCGCGUCUAGCACUGAGUCCAUAGACGCGGAUCCGCUCAAGAAUAAAACGAGGAGGAAUCUUGAAAUGCGGUGGGGGAAAUUCAUGGGCUACUCAUGACAGGGCGGGUUGGAAUCGAGGUCGUUGUUUUGCUCUCGAGGCGUGUCACCAACCGAACAUAUGCUUGACAUAUAAUUGCUCACCUCGAACAACAGACAUCCAGCUCCAUGGUCUAUCCCCAUCACAUAUCUCUUACAUUCUUGUGCACAUUGCCACUACCGUUUUUCAAAUGACUUACGAGACCCACGAUCUGCUAUCCUAAAAGCGCCUUUUAAUUUCCUUCUACCGCCUUCUUCCACCGGUUCCCCUCCUCGUUACAUAGCCCCAUAUGAUCCCUACUGAGAUGGUAUCACCGAUAAAGCAAUGAGACUUAUUUGAUAACUUGGAUUUCCUAAAUGUCUCCUGUCUCCAGUUUCUAAAUCUCAGUUUCUCCCCCACGGGCGUUUCUCUAAUUGUCAGUUCUUUUAUGUUUCUAAAUGUUCGAACUCUUAUUUGUCUUCCAUCCUUGGGACAAAGCUAUCGAAAACCCUAGGGUAUAGGUACAGGUACCUCCUAGGACAAAGUAUCCCAUAUUUGUCUCGAAUACACCUAUGGUUCAAAAACCUGUUUACUCUUCUAAAGUCACCAAAAUCCAUCCUUAUAAAAAAUUGAAUAUCUCAAACAACCAUAACUUCAAUUUAAUUCAAUAACUUUUAAAUGAUAUAGAAUUGAUAUUUUGUAUAUCAGCUCUUAGCUUUUCUAACUGUCUUCAACCAUCAAGAUAUAAAUUUAAUAAGUCUAUCAAUAUAGCUCUUGUCAAGUGCAUUUCAUACUUCUUAAAUAGUUUAUUGAAAAAAAAAGUUCAAUUC